AGGAGUCGCCAGGGUAGACCCGAGUAGAUUUAUUUAUUUUUUUUAAAUGAAAAGGAAAAAGAAAAAUCUAAAGAUCACCAAACAAAACCACGAGGAGACGCUUUCACCUGUUCUCGACUUUCUCUCUCUCUUACAUUGAACACACUCUUAUUCUCUCUCAGAUCUGGGAAGCUAGGGUUUCGGUGAUUGGGUGAAAAUGCAUACCAGGUAUAUGGAAAGGACUAAUAGUAUGGCUAGAGGGAAGAGGGCUUUAGAAGGUGGAGAAGAGCAGCAACCUGAGCGAAAGCGCCCUGCUUUAGCUAGUGUCAUCGUAGAAGCUCUUAAGGUGGACAGUCUGCAAAAGCUCUGCUCAUCUUUGGAACCUAUUCUUCGUAGAGUUGUAAGUGAGGAAGUGGAACGUGCUUUAGCAAAGUUGGGCCCCCCGAGAAUCAGUGGAAGGUCUUCCCCAAAACGUAUUGAAGGGCCAGAUGGAAGAAACUUGCAAUUACAAUUCAGGUCUAGGUUGUCUCUUCCUCUUUUCACUGGAGGAAAAGUGGAGGGGGAGCAGGGUGCUGCAAUCCACAUUGUUCUGCUUGAUGCUAAUAAUGGCCUUGUUGUAACUUCUGGCCCUGAAGCCUCUGUAAAACUAGAUGUUGUUGUGCUUGAAGGUGAUUUCAACAAUGAAGAUGAUGAAGACUGGAGCCAAGAAGAAUUUGAAAGCCAUGUUGUAAAAGAGCGUGAAGGAAAGAGACCAUUGUUGACUGGGGAUCUACAAGUGACCCUCAAGGAAGGUGUAGGAACUCUGGGGGAACUCACUUUUACAGACAACUCAAGCUGGAUAAGGAGCAGGAAGUUUAGGCUUGGCUUGAAGGUUGCCUCUGGAUAUCAUGAGGGCAUAAGAAUUCGUGAGGCAAAGACAGAAGCUUUCACUGUUAAAGAUCACAGAGGGGAACUCUACAAGAAACACUAUCCUCCUGCAUUGAAUGAUGAAGUAUGGAGGUUGGAGAAAAUUGGCAAAGACGGUUCCUUCCAUAAAAAGCUAAAUAAUCAGGGAAUAUUUACAGUUGAAGAUUUCUUACGUCUUUAUGUUAGGGAUUCUCAAAAGUUGCGAAAUAUUCUUGGCUCUGGCAUGUCAAACAAAAUGUGGGAUGCUCUUGUAGAGCAUGCAAAGACUUGUGCUCUGGGUGGGAAGCUUUAUAUCUAUUAUCCUGAAGAUUCGAGAAAUGUUGGUGUUGUUUUUAACAACAUCUAUGAACUAAAUGGCCUUAUUUCAGGGGAACAAUAUUUUUCAGCUGAUUCUCUUUCUGAUGAGCAAAAGGUCUAUGUGGAUACAUUGGUGAAGAAAGCAUAUGAGAAUUGGAAUCAGGUUGUAGAAUAUGAUGGCAAGUCUCUUAUGAAUUUCAAGCAAAAUAAGAGGUCAAAUGCUUUCCAAAAUGAUCUUCAGAUAGGCCAAAUAGGUUACCCUGAUGCUUUAGACCAUCAAAUGCAAUUGACUCGGCAACCGGCUUCGGUUACUACUGAGCAAGCUUCUGUGCAUUCAGGCCUCCAAGUUGGAGCAUCUGGUUAUAAUGAAAAUAUGGGAGCAGGGUUCUCAUCCCAGUCCCAGCUUGUGAAUCCGCAUUCACGUGCCCAAUUUGACAACACCUCAUUCAUGUCAAAUGAACCUUUAAUCAGCAGUUCUCACCAGAACCAAAGCAUAAGGAGUGAUAACAGUGUUGGCUUGGCCCUUGGUCCUCCUCAGUCAUCUACCUCAGGGUUUCAAGUCCUUGGCUCUUCAAUGCAGCCACCCAACCUCAAUCCUUUUGAUGACUGGACCAACAACCGGGACAAGGGAGUUGAUGACUACUUCACAGAGGAAGAGAUUCGCAUCCGAAGUCAUGAGAUGCUUGAGAAUGAAGAUAUGCAACACUUGCUCAGACUCUUCAGCAUGGGAGGACAUGCGUCUGUGAAUAUACCUGAAGAUGGGUUUACAUUCCCAUCAUUUAUGCAAUCACCAAUGCCAAACUUUGAUGAGGAUCGCACACGACCUGGUAAGGCUGUUGUGGGAUGGUUGAAGAUCAAGGCAGCAAUGAGGUGGGGUUUCUUUAUCAGGAAGAAAGCAGCUGAAAGGCGAGCUCAACUUGUUGAGUUGGAUGAUGAAUAGUAGUUAGGUUCUUGUUGUCGAGUCUAUCUACAACAUCAAUAGAUAGUGGAAGACAGCAAUCGACUUUUCAUAAGGCAGGCAGCAAUAUAUCUAGGUUUUGGGACUGAAAGAUCAUGCAAGUCUUGAAGACCUCUUGUGUGAAUUGCUUGCUGGGUAUUAGGUAUCAGAGAAUUUCUUCUUGUACAGCCACCUGUACAGUAAGUUGUUUUCCUUGAUUAUUCCUUUUAGCAAGAUGAUUCUCUCUGAUCACAUUAUCCUUGGGUGUAUUAUAAUCUGUCAAAGAUCCUGUAAGUGGUGAAUUUUAUAUUUCAGCUAAUGGCCCUUCAUUCUUGUUGACUGAUUAGGGGGACCUGUUUCUAAUGUUAGCUAAGUUUAUUUGUUGUAUGGAUCAAUCAUCAAUGUUUGCUGA